CGAGAGGAAGAUUAGGAAUCUUGCCAAAAGCAAAAGCUCUUCUCUGUUAUGUCUGUCUCCUCUUUACCGGAAUGGAAACAACUCCUGCUGGAGCGAAAGAGGAGGGAGGAGGAGGAGCGAGAGAAGAGAGAAAAAGAGGAGGAGGCCAAACUCGCCAGCAUGCCUGUUUGGAAGCGAGGGAUCAUCCAGAGGAGAAGAAUGAAACAGGAGAGUUUCGGGGACAAGGAAAGAGAGGGCCCCCUCCAAGUCAAGGAGGGCAGGUCCCCUUCUGAUGCUGUGAGUGACCCAGACAGCGCUACACUGGUGCAGCUGGGAAGUGAAUCACCACUCAGCCCAGAUGUCACAGGGCCUUGGCUGGAUGAAGAGUCUAAACCGCAGAGUCAGGUUUUAAGGGAGACCAUCACCCCUGUCCAACAAAAUCCAUUCAUUCGCACGCAUGGCGGAUUGAGAAGGGGAAGAGAAGAAGAGAGGGCUGGGGAGAUGGGCCACGAGAAAGGGAAUGAGCAGGAAAUAGAAGGAGGGAGAGAGAGGGAAAAGGAGAAGGAAAGAGGCCACGUCAAAGGUCAUGAUGGAGAGUCUGGGAGGGAAAGAGAUAUAGAAUUAAAACUACAGCGGUACAGGGAACGGAGUGGGGGCAGAGAAAGGGACAGAAGUGCCGGAAGAGAGACAAGCCGGGAAACCGUGAGAGACAGGGAAAGGGAAUGCCUGAGAGGGAGAAAGGAGGAGGAGAGGGAGGAGGGAGACUCAGAUCCUCCAAGCCCCAAGUACUCCCAUCCACUAGUCCCAGGCCUUCGUACCAUCAGAGCAGACAACAUCAUCAUUAUUGAACAGGACAGAAAGGGCAGUGAUGAAAGGAGGGGUAGAAGGAGAGAGUGGGAGAGAGAGGUGAUGGAAGAGGAGCAGGGAAAGAGAGAUGUAAAGAUGGACCUCAAGGAGUUUCUUUCUGGUGGAGGGAGUGCCACAGAGAUCCGAGCAUCAGAGUUAUUGAUCAUUAAACCCUUAGCUGGCACUGAGGACUGCAGGAGUGGAGGUCUUAAAGGGUUAGGCAGGGAAGGAGAUGGCAAAGAGAAGGGAGAGAGAGAAGCAAAGUGCAAUAAAGAUGGAAGAAUGGACUGUGAGAGGGGGCUGGAGAGAGAGGUGGCGUGGUUGAUGUUGAAAGAUAAAGAGAGGGAGAACUUGAGGGAGAAAGACCGACAACGAACACACGCAGCUUCAGAACAAGAGGACGGGAGAUGUGGUGACACAGAUGACAGUAUCCACAAUGAGAGAAGAGUUAGGGUGAGUGAGCUGCUGAGUAAAUUUGGGGAACAUACAAAGAAAUUCAGGGAACAUCCAAAGCCCCCGUCCCGGUCUAAAAGCUCAGAUUGUUUCAGCCGGCCCGGCAGGGACAGAGAAAACUUUGGUCUGGACGAGGACGAUGAUGGAGACAGGAGAGGGGAGGAGAAACGUGCAGGAUUCAGGGGUGUGCCCAAGCGGUCGUUCAGCUUCUCUGACCAGGUGAUAUGCACAAAGGAGAAUGGCAUGCAGGAUGAGGGGAACCAUGAUAGGAAGGUGGUGGAGAGGACAUGUUCAGACAGGAGGGUGGCACCUAGGGGAGAUGUAGUGGAGGGGGAAGGGUCAGAGAGGGGAGGCAAGCAGGGGGGCUGGACCCGGCUUUCAGAUAAAGAGCGGGUGGGGAAGCAUAGAGAGGGAUUCAUAAAAACGGACAGGGAGGAAGAGGUGCAGCCUGAGAGACAGCCUGCUUUGGGAAGUAACACAGGGAAAGAGACUGACCAUGGGGUCGAGAUUGUAACAGGAGUGGAGUUCGAAUUUAGUAACAAGGGGACAGAGGAAGUAACACAGAAUAUGUAUGAGGAGGCAGGGUUUACAAGGGCCUCAGUUAAAAACACAGAGGCCUCAUUUGCGCGAAGAGUGCCCAUCAAACACGAUGGGCGAGAGAGAGCAGUGGAAAGAGAGGUAAAGCGAAUGACAGAAGAAAGAGAGAGAGGGAUGGAGAGGGCGAGGAGCACAGAGAGAGAGGUGGUGGUUGGAAGACAGGCAGAACCUCAAGUGAGGGACAGAAGGGGGUCAGACUUUAGAAGAGGAUCAGACGCAAGGCAUGUCAAGAGGAUGUCAGAAGUAAGGGACUGCACAAAGUCAGUUGAAACAACUCCGCCAAACUGUGUGGUCACCCUCUCUGUAGACAGAGCCAGUCCUCCUCAGUCUGUCGAAAGCCAUUACAGACAUGUCUCGGCAUUUACAGAGUGUUCAACCACCUUGCUCAGCACUGUGGCGCAUAGAGGAACAGAUUGGCAUAGUAGUCAAGGAGCGCUGGGGCACCAUUCAACCCAGUCAGCACUGUCACAGCACACAGGGGAUCUUAUCAAUAAGAUAGGGAGAGUUGAAGAGACAGCCAAUGAACUUGACAAUCUCAAAGGGACCCAAACAUUAACUCGGGAUAGCAAAUGUGUGAUGAGGGAGGACACCGAGAAUGUGAGAGGGAGCAAAGCUUACAGGGUGCCAAGUGAGGUAAGCAAGGAGAGCGCGCACUCACCUGGCACACACAUGCACAGUCAUGUCUACCCCGAAAUGUCUGUUCAGGAGGUGACCCCUAAGUCUCCCAAGUCUCCAAAGCACGUUGCCUCAGUUGGAAUCCCUCCAACACCACUUGAGAUACACAUACCCAGGACAGUGUUCUACGGUGUGGGGGAGGUAUUAGAGAACAAAAGGCCAAGCCUCCAAAGCGAAGAUGACCAGAGCUGCGAAGGAGAGGGAGGGAAAGGUGUGGAGAGGAGGGAUAGUUGGAGGAUCGGCAAGCCUUUGUCUCGUAUCGAAUCCCUGCGAGAGAAAAUCCGGCAGAGGGAGAAGGAGAGGCUGAGGAACAUGGAGGGAGCGGUGGCAACGGGGGAUGAUGGAGAUGCGACUGAGGGAAUGAAAAAGGCUGGGACUAGAAGGGUUAGAAGAGCUUCAAGUUCAGAUAGGUGUGAUGAAGGAGAGAGGGGGAACGAAAUGGGGCGAGAGAGACAGAGACAGGAAGGCUCUGCACAGCAGACAACAUCAACUCAGUUUUACGUCACACAGGAAGUGAGCGUGACGAAAGCCAACCCUGAGCUUCCUGUUCCUCUCUCAUUCUCGCAAUCUGUCAAAGGAGAGGAAGAAACCGAUCACACGAUCGAGAGAGAGGAAGAUGCAAUAAAACAUGUAGUAGAUGAGUUACGGUGUGACAGGGGUCGGCAGAGAAAACAGGACACCAGAGGCAGAGGAGGAGAAGUAGGAAAGGAUAAACUCUCGGAGGAAGAGGACAGGUUGCAUUAUCUGCCUCCUUCACGCUCUCCUUCACCCUCAGACUCUUUCUCCCCCUCUCUUGCUGAGAUGAGCCGGAUCUAUAGCUUGAAAACAGUGGGGCCCAGGACGGCGGUGUGCAUGAGUGAGAGGACUGUGGAUAGGCCUAUUCCUUCACACACACCCAAGGUACAGUCCCGCAUAUCAGCAGAACAACAGGAGCCAAGCAGUCUGGAGAGAUCAGGUGGGGUGCUGACACAGAAGCAGCUGUGGGGUGGUGGUGGGGCAUCUGGGAAUAAGGCCUCUUGUGAUGAGAAUUCCGGACUUCAGAAAAUACAGCGUCAGGUGGAACAGCUUCAGUUGCGAGAACAACAGGAAGUACAGAGACUAUCACACGAUGACAACGCAGCACAGUCGACUUUUAGUAAAAAAACGAAUUUGAAAGCUAAAGAGUCUGAAGCUCAGCAAAGCACAAGGAUAUCACACAACCAGCCUAAUAAGGAACCUCAACAGAUGCAUCCGAGGCAAAAGGACCAGCAAACACCCCUAAAUCCCAGAAAAUCUCAGUCUAAGCCGCAACUGCACUCUGGAAGGCCUCCUCAACCCAAUCAGCCCCGAUCCAUUACCAUCAACUCCAGAUCUCUCCUGACCCCCUCUCCUGAGAACUCAUUACACCCAGACCAGGGAGUCCCACCUACCACAUCAUCCUCCCCAUGCUCACCCUCCCCACCCCAGUCCCCCUCCGUCUCUCCCUCCCCUUCCCCUUCUCCGACCCACUUCACCAUCAGAACAGUCUCUGGAGGCCAGCAGGUCAAGAGGGGCACCACCAUCACCAUCACCCCCAGGAAGCCUGUUGGAGGGGCAGCCGUGGAAUCGGUUUCAGUAUCCUCAGGAUCCCCAGUCAAGACGUCUACCAAGGCCCAGAUAGCUGUCCUAACCGAGAUAGUAGAGAGAGGCAAGAAGAGAUACCCCACUACGGAGGAGAUCGAAGUGAUCGGCGGGUAUCAGAACCUGGACAAGUCCUGCCUGGUCAAGACUCCCAAAGGGACUCCCAAAGGGGUGAAGGUGUGUUUCGACGAGACCCAGCUGGAGCAGGUUUUUGAAUACCAAUCAGAGGCCUCUAUGAUAGCCUUUACCCCCUACCCCAUACCAGGUCAGGAGAAAGGGAAGGAGGAUGAGGUGCAGGAGGAAGAGGAGGAGGAGGAGAGAGGAGUGUUUGUGUCCGGGAGCAGCAGGAACGUGGGAGCAGCGGCUGGCCUGAGAGUGCUGAGAAUAGAUGAGUCUUGCCAUCGGUAGACGUCAGCUCGCCAAAUAGCCUAAGUGAUGUUUCAUAUUUGAUUUUUGUUUCCCUGUAUUUUGUUUAUUUAAAAUUAUAGAAUUAACGUUGGUAAUCUUCUUUGAUGUUCCAUGUUUUAUUUGACUUAGGGUCAGGGACUAUUGGUUUUGAAUAAAAAAAUGAUGGUUUUGUGCAGUUUAUGAGUUGAAUGAUGGCGCAUGUAGCGGAACCUGACUGGACUUUUUAUUUUGAUUUUACUUCUCUAUUUCAAGGUAGAAGUACAAAGGAAAUAUGAAAACACAGUACAUAUUGUAGCCUAUAAGUUUGAAUAUAUAAAAGUGUUGUAUUUUUACCAUCAGGUGUGUACUGUUGGGUGAUGAUCACAUGUCAAUGCAAGUGAGUGGAUUACAAAAGUAAUGUAAAAGGAUUCGGUCAGUUUAGUUUUAGUUAGCUUAGUUCAACAACACAAUGGCCCUACUGUAAAGAAAGGUUGCAUCAGCACUGUAGCGAUUCAGGCUGCAUUCCCUCUAUAAAGGGAUUAGGAUGUCAUUUUGGACGUAUUCUCAGUGAUGCUUAUAUCAUCUGGUCCCUAUGCCUGCUGGAUUUGCUCAUACAGAUUAUAUAAAGAUCAGGUCAUCCACAAGUCCAAGAUAAAUGUUGAGUCUUGUGAACAUCCCUCAUAUGUAGUGUCUUCAGAAAGUAUUCAUACACCUUGACUUAUUUCACAUUUUGUUGUGCUAAAGCCUGAAUUCAAAUGGAUUAAAUAUAUUUUAUUUCUCACCCAUCUACACACAAUAGCCCAUAAUGACAAAAUAAAAACAUGUUUAUUUUUUUUUUACAUCUAAUUUACAAGUAUUCACACCCCAGAGCCAAUACAUCCAGCUCUGUCAAGUUGGUUGUUAAUCAUUGCUAGAAAGCCAUUUUCAAGUCCUGCCAUAGAUGUUCAACCCUAUUUAAGUCAAAACUGUAACUAGGCUACUCAGGAACAUGCAAUGCCAUCUUGGUAAGCAACUCCAGUGUAUAUUUGGCCUUGUCUUUUAGGUUAUUGAUUCAGAGGGAAUGGGUUAAAUGCAGAAGACGCAUUUCGGUUGAAUGCAUUCAGUUAUGCAACUGACUAGAUAUCCCCUUUCCCUUAUUGUCCUGCUGAAAGGUGAAUUUGUCUCCCAGUGUCUGUUUGAAAGCAGACUGAACCAGGUUUUCUUCUAGGAUGUUGGUUGUGCUUAGGUCUAUUCCGUUUAAUUUUAUUUUAAAAAAAACAACUCCUUAGUCCUUGCCAAUGACAACCAUAUCCAUAACGUGAUGCAACCACCACCAUGCUUGAAAAUAUGAAGAGUGGUACUCAGUGAUGUGUUGUGCCUUAUGGCAAACACGAUGCAUGUUUUGGGAUACCUUUAUUCUAUAUAGGCUUCCUUCUUUUAACCUUAAUUUAACUAGACAACUUUUCACUCUGUCAUUUAGGUUAGUAUUGUGUUGUUGAUCCAUUCUCAGUUUUCUCCUAUCACAGCCAUUCAACUCUGUAACUGUUUUAAAGUCAGCAUUGGUCUCAUGGUGAAAUCCCUGAGCAGUAUUUUUUAUUGAAUUGUAAAAAAAAAAAUACAAAUACAAACAUAAUUCCAAUUUGACAUUAAUGAGGUAUUUUGUGUAGUCCAGUGACACAACAUCUCAAUUUUAAAUUCAGGCUGUAACACAACAAAAUGUGGAAAAAGUGAAGGGCUGUGAACACUUUCUGAAGUCCCUGUAGUUUCUGGCAAACCAUGGCUAUAUGUAACAUCAUGACAAUUCACUUUUGUUCAUUUACUGUUCCUGUUUGAACCACAAAAUGGAUUUAAGCUAGCCUUAAUGCACAUUAUUGAAAAACCUGACGAUACAUUAUAUAAUGAUCACCAUUACAAGUUUUUAUUUUUAACCACUAGUGGAAUUAAUGUGGUAGGAUGAAAAACAGUAGUCUAUGUACUGUAUCUAUAGAACUUUGGCUGUAUAGUUUUGAAUGGAAAAGGUGUUAUGUUUGGGUCUCUGGUGUAAUUAUGUGAGACUACAGCACAUGGGGGAUGUGGGUGGAAAAAAAGACCAUGAUUUUCAGACAUUUAAUCCAUAGAAUGGUCCUUUGGAGUACGGAUUGUUGACGUAUAUUUUACAUUUGUAUAUAAAAGCAUAAUUUACCAAUAAUUAAUCAAAGUUGACGGUUUGGCCUUACCCAGGUCUCCUUUAGGACUCCAUAAUGUUUUAUCUGUAGGUGCUACAAAGAAAGCGUUGGUGUCAUAUGAAGCUUUACCGCUUGCUUUGUAAUAUGAGUAGUAUUUCGUUUACCAUAACAAUAUUCUUAUUAAUUUAUGAAUAUUGAAGAUUUUUUUUUUUUUUUUGAUUCAGCUAAAUGUUUAAUAUAUUGUUGAACGUAAUAUACUCUAUGGACAUAUCAAAGUUACAGAGUGGGAUCUCUGCUAUUUUUUGAGUUAUGAUCCAAUUUGUAAGCAUUAACAACAGAGUGAAUGUGAAAAUCGAUUCAAAAUGGUCACCCUCUUCUGGUGAUUUGCUGGAUGUACAAUACAUUAAAAUAUUAGCCAAAUUCAAAUUGUAUAUUUCAAUAUUUAUGUUUAUAUUUUUCAAUAUUCAUAAAUUAAUAAGAAAAUUGUUAUUGAAAUCAAAAUGCAUCUCAUGUUGCAGAGCAAGCGGUUAAGUUUCAUAUGACACCAAGUUUUGCUUUAUGGAGUCUUAAAGGAGGCCUGGGUAAGUCCAAAAUGAAUAAAUAUGCCAACUUGUAUUAUUUCUCAAUUAAUCUUUUAGAUACAAAUGUCAAACAUAUGUUAACAAUACUUCCUCCAAAAGGACCAUUCUAUGGAUUAAAUUAAGUGAAAAUCCCCCAAAUCAUGGUAUUUUUUUUUGUACUAGUUCGUGACGAAUCACCCACAUCCAAAAUAAGGGCACAAAUGUUAUCAUGGUUCCAUGAGAUGCUGUAAUCUCAAUUUUAGGUGCUCUUUUUAUGUGAAAGAAUCUAUCUGAAGAAUAUCAUAUAUAUGGUAUAUCUGAUUUAUGCUCCCAUGUGUGCAAUUUUGAUACUUUGUUUUAUUCUUUCUGUUUUCUAUUGUGGCCGAAGAAGCUGGCUUCAAGAGAGAAAAACAUCUAAUAAAUGAUUUGAAAUUAAAA